AUGGUCAACAUUACGGAGAAGAUUAAGGAGAUUGAGGAGGAGAUGAGACGGACACAGAAAAACAAGGCCACAGAAUACCACUUGGGUUUAUUAAAAGGUAAACUCGCCCGUCUCCGAGCACAAUUACUAGAACCCGCCCCGGGAGCCGGCAGCGGCGGCGGAUCAGGCUUCGACGUCAGCAAGUCAGGCGACGCACGCAUUUCCCUCGUGGGUUUCCCAUCCGUCGGCAAAUCAACAUUCCUCUCGAAAGUCACAAAGACAAGAUCAGAAGUCGCAUCAUACGCCUUCACAACCCUCACAGCCAUCCCCGGUGUUCUCGAGUACGGCGGCGCAGAGAUCCAACUCCUCGAUCUGCCGGGUAUCAUUGAAGGUGCCGCCGAAGGCAAAGGUCGCGGCCGUCAAGUCAUUUCGGCCGCCAAGACGAGCGAUCUCAUCCUCAUGGUGCUGGACGCGACGAAAAAGGCAGAGCAAAGAGCCCUCUUGGAAGCAGAACUAGAAGCAGUAGGCAUCCGGCUGAAUCGCGAGCCACCAAACAUCUACCUGAAGCCCAAAAAAGCAGGCGGCAUGAAAAUCACCUUUCAAACACCACCCAAGUACCUCGACGAGAAGAUGCUCUACAACAUCCUGCGGGACUACAAGAUCCUCAACUGCGAAGUGCUGGUGCGGGAUGAAUACGCCACGGUGGACGACUUCAUCGACGUCAUUAUGAAGGACCACCGCAAAUACAUCAAGUGUCUCUACGUGUACAACAAGAUUGACAGCGUGUCGCUCGACUUUUUGGACAGCCUUGCGCGGGAGCCGCAGACGGUGGUCAUGAGCUGCGAGUUGGACCUGGGCAUCCAGGAUGUGAUUGACAGAUGCUGGAAGGAGCUGAAGCUGAUUAGAAUAUACACGAAGCGCAAGGCCGUCGAACCCGACUUCAGCGAGGCGCUCAUUGUGCGGAGUAACAGCUCGAUUGAGGAUGUGUGUGAUCGGAUCCAUCGCAGCCUCAAGGACACGUUCAAGUAUGCGUUGGUUUGGGGCGCAAGUGCGAGACAUAUCCCGCAGAGGGUUGGGCUGGGACACAUGGUGGCGGACGAGGAUGUAGUUUAUAUUGUGAGCGGAUGGCGUGCAUAG